AUGGACGAUCAUAUAUCGAUCAUACUCAAUCAACCUUUCAGCGUCCAGGAAGUUCCUCAUGCAGGAAAAGUUUUCGACAACAUUAAAUCAAGCUCGAGCGGCACAUAUGAUGGUAGUGGAUAUGUUCCAAGCUCUCAAGACUCGCCCAUCGGUCCCCAGCAAGUCCCUGAUUCCAAUUGCCUAACCCACAUUUGUGGCACGGUGUAUACCAGAGGAGCGACCUGUCAACGUUUGCCCAAUCCACAUGAGGAUUUCGACGACGUGGUUAAUACUAAAGGGGUUCCACUCGUAUUCAAGCGCCAUGUUCUUACGCAACUCGCGCGUUUACUCAGUUCCCAUCAUGCUCUUGUGUUUCGUCGACCUCCGGGAUGGGGAAUUGACUUCUUCGCGUCGAUGGUAUCUGCCACAUUCGACAGAGACUAUGAUCAUCAGGACGAUCCCUUUGAAGUCUUAAUUGGAGAGCAGGGCUUGACCUCAGGACGGGACGAUGGCCACCAUUGUUUCUUUGUGUUGGACAUGGACUUCAGGGACCUUCCUGAUGAGGCGGACAUCCGUACCAACCUCCACACAUAUCUCGAGAAGGAGUGUGGGGAGUUCAUCUCCCGUUACCGUCUCGAGAAGCGUAUGGCUCCGCCUAGCCUCUACAAGGUCUCGAAAGAUGAGCCAGAAAGGUUCAUCAUUCUCCUGGCGAUGUGCCUCCUACGUGUAUCAAGGGCUCCGCUAUUGGUGAUCAUCAGAAACUUUGACAGCCCCAUAAUCAACUAUGGGGAGGGUCGGGCGGUUUUGAAUCCAUUCCUGAACGCACUAGAAGGAGAAGUGAGGUCUCGAAUAGUUGGGUCGCUGCUGCUGCUAUCCACCUACGAUGAUGGCACGGUAUACUCUUGCAUGGGUCGAAAUGCGUUGUCCAUGAUCCGCAAAGUACCAAGCCUCCCACCUCCCGAUCUUCCCCGCACCCUCGACUUGACUCAUCACCUUGCAUUCCAGACCGCGGUUGGUUUUACGCGCAAGGAGAUCGACUCCCUCGAUGACGCCUUCAGCCGCCUCGCGGUGCAUGAUGCCCGGCGUAUAGUCGAUAUGUUGGACGCCGGUUACGCCCGACGUUCUUCAUUCGGGGAUCGUCUGAAUGUGGCAGGGAAGCAUCAAUGCCCACGCCACCCGCUCGACAGCCCGUUCUUCCAAGAAGAAGACCCAUUAGCAGCACUGGACACCACUGGCGGGCUUGAAGGGGUUAUGGCCUUCCCAAUAACCAUGGACGCUAUCUGUGAUAUUUUACUCGUUUACUCUUACCAUCGUGAAUACUUAAUCGCGCUGUCACAUGACUCCGAUACGAACCAAGUAGUCCGAAACGGAGCUCGAUUACAAGACUGGGGCCCUCAAGGCUCAAGCGAAACGCCAGCCACCUCAAGGCAGCCAGGACUCCGAAACAGAUAUCCUGCAGUUGGCCAGACCGCUGUUUCGUCCAAAACAAGGAGUGCUUUGACUGUCCAAGUCCCGAACUCGACACUUGUCCGAAAAGCAGCUCACAAGACCCCUUCUCACCUACCCAAACAACAUACUAAACCAAUUCCUAUCUACAACAAGCCGAAUCAGGAUGCUAUCCGAGAAAUGAAAAGACAUUGGAAAAGGACAAGAUUUCGCCGGGCCAACACUCCAGGUCAACAAGGGUGGCAAUUGGCAGAUGACGUCCAAAUCCGGGAUAUAGAUUUGCCCGGCAUUCAAGAGCCAGUUGCGGUUUUGGACGAGAAUAAUCAACUCUUAGUGGUAGCAUUCCCUAAGGGACUGACGAAGAAGUCUGCGGAUAUGCUACUGCAUCACAUUAUCACCCUUGCGCAAGCCACCAAUGUACGAAGGCUGGUGCCGAUGGCCGAACUCGUGGUUGUGUGGACAGCUACAUCAUCAAAGAGGGUCAUAUCGCUGGAAUGA